AUGGCGGACGGAAUCGACAAGCGCGCUGAUGACCGCAUGGAGUUCAAUACCUCCAAGGAGGUCACGGUAGCGCCGACCUUCGAGGAUAUGCAGCUGAAAGAGAGCCUUCUUCGUGGAAUCUACGCUUACGGUUAUGAAUCUCCUUCGGCUGUUCAGUCGCGUGCGAUCGUCCAGAUCUGCAAAGGUCGCGAUACCAUCGCCCAGGCCCAGUCCGGUACCGGUAAAACGGCGACUUUCUCGAUCAGUACCCUGCAGGUAAUUGACACUGCUGUACGAGAGACCCAAGCUCUGGUUCUUUCUCCGACUCGCGAACUUGCGACACAGAUUCAAUCCGUUAUGAUGGCCCUCGGCGACUACAUGAACGUUCAAUGCCACGCCUGCAUUGGUGGAACCAAUGUUGGCGAAGACAUCCGCAAGCUUGACUAUGGUCAGCAUGUUGUCUCAGGAACCCCCGGCCGUGUCGCCGAUAUGAUUCGCCGCCGUAACCUGCGCACGCGUCACAUUAAGAUGCUCGUUCUCGAUGAGGCCGAUGAGCUUCUCAACCGCGGUUUCCGUGAGCAGAUUUAUGAUGUCUACCGUUACCUCCCGCCUGCAACACAGGUAGUGGUUGUUUCGGCUACUCUGCCCCACGACGUAUUGGACAUGACUACCAAGUUCAUGACUGACCCCGUCCGUGUUCUCGUCAAGCGUGAUGAGCUGACGCUGGAGGGUAUCAAGCAAUAUUUCAUUGCUGUUGAAAAGGAGGAGUGGAAGUUCGACACGCUCUGCGAUCUUUACGAUACCCUGACCAUCACUCAAGCCGUUAUCUUCUGCAACACCCGCCGCAAGGUCGACUGGUUGACCGACAAGAUGCGCGAGGCUAACUUUACCGUGUCGAGCAUGCACGGUGAGAUGCCUCAGAAGGAACGCGACAGCAUUAUGCAGGAGUUCCGCCAGGGCAACACCCGAGUGCUGAUCUCAACUGAUGUCUGGGCCCGUGGAAUUGAUGUCCAACAGGUUUCACUGGUCAUCAACUACGAUCUGCCGACCAAUCGUGAGAACUACAUUCACCGUAUUGGCCGUAGUGGUCGAUUUGGUCGCAAGGGUGUUGCUAUCAACUUUGUCACGAAUGAUGACGUCCGCAUCCUUCGCGACAUCGAGUUGUACUACUCGACCCAGAUCGACGAAAUGCCCAUGAACGUUGCUGAACUUCUCGGUUAA